AUGGCAUUAUCAGAAGAUUUUUCACGAGAAUCUCGUCAAUAUUAUGCUCGUUCAUCAUCAUUUGGUAAUCUUCAUGAAUUAUCAUCUAGUUACAAUAGUUCAAAUCUUCAUCGUACAGCAAGUUCUACGAUAAUUUCACGAGAUUGUUUUGCACCAUCAAUAGCAUGGGAUUGUUUUGAUAAUCAAGUAUGUUUUCAACGUCAAUCAAGAGUAAUCAAUGAUUUUGAUCAUCGAAUUCAAUGGCGUGUAUGUAAUGAUAUGAUGAAUCGAGAAGUUAUUAAUCAUAAUACGCUAAGUUUUGAACGUUGUGCACCUGUUUGUGCACCGAUCUGUGCUCCUGUCUGUUAUCGUGAAUAUAAUACAGUAUCAACAAGAAUUGCACCGAAUGAAUGUGCUCCUUUAACAACAAUUGAACGUCGAGAAAAAGUUUAUCGAAAACUUGAUGAUCAUAGUGAUUGGUCAACAAAUUCAUUUCGUCAUACAAAUGAAUAUCAUUCACGUGGAACUGGUCCUUUUGGUACUGAUAGUUAUUCAAAACAAGAUAUUCAAUAUUCAGAUUCAUCUCAUCGUCAACGAAAACUGUCAAUACCAGAAUUUUCAUCAUCAUCAACUCGAAUAAAUUUUUGUUAA